GUGUUGAUGGAUAUGUUCCAUCAAGAUGUAGAAGACUUAAGUGCACUAACUUUAUCUGAUGAGGAGCCCUCCACCUCAGGGGAGCAAACUUAUUAUGACCUAGUGAAAGCAUUUAUGGCAGAAGUGCGACAAUAUAUAAGGGAGCUAAACCUCAUUAUCAGAGUUUUCAGAGAGCCAUAUGCCUCCAACUCCAAGUUAUUUUCAUCUCAUGAUGUGGAAAAUAUAUUUAGUCGUAUAUCAGACAUUCAUGAACUUAGUGUGAAAUUACUAGGCCAUAUAGAAGACACUGUUGAAAUGACAGAUGAAGGUAGUCCUCAUCCAUUAGUAGGCAGCUGCUUUGAAGACAUGGCUGAGGAGCUAGCAUUUGAUCCAUAUGAAUCAUAUGCACAAGAUAUUUUGCGACCUGGUUUUCAUGAUCAUUUUCUAAGUCAAUUAUCAAAGCCAGGAGCAGCAUUUUAUUUACAGUCAAUAGGUGAAGGCUUUAAAGAAGCUGUUCAAUAUGUUCUACCCCGGCUGCUCCUUGCCCCUGUUUACCACUGCCUUCAUUAUUUUGAACUGCUAAAACAAUUAGAAGAAAAGAGUGAGGAUGAAGAGGAUAAGGAGUGUUUAAAGCAAGCAAUAACUGCCCUACUGAAUCUUCAAAGCAGUAUGGAAAGGAUAUGCUCCAAAAGCCUUGCAAAACGAAGGCUUAGUGAAUCUGCAUGCCGAUUCUAUACUCAGCAGAUGAAGGGGAAACAGCUAGCAAUUAAGAAAAUGAACGAAAUCCAGAAAAAUAUUGAUGGUUGGGAGGGUAAGGACAUUGGACAAUGCUGUAACGAGUUCAUCAUGGAAGGAACUCUCACGCGCGUAGGAGCAAAGCAUGAGAGACACAUAUUUCUAUUUGAUGGUUUGAUGAUUUGCUGUAAGUCAAAUCAUGGCCAGCCAAGACUUCCUGGUGCUAGCAAUGCAGAAUAUCGUCUGAAAGAGAAGUUCUUUAUGCGGAAGGUACAAAUCAACGAUAAGGACGACACUAAUGAGUACAGACAUGCUUUUGAAAUCAUCUUAAAAGAUGAGAACAGUGUUAUUUUUGCUGCUAAGUCGGCUGAGGAGAAAAACAACUGGAUGGCAGCAUUGAUAUCUUUGCAAUACAGAAGCACGCUGGAAAGGAUGUUGGACGUAACAAUGUUACAGGAAGAAAAAGAAGAGCAGAUGAGAUUUCCAAAUCCUGAGCUUUACAGGUUUGCCGAACCGGACUCCGAGCAGAAUAUCGUGUUUGAAGAAAACAUGCAGCCCAAGUCUGGCAUCCCCAUCAUCAAGGCUGGCACUGUGGUCAAGCUCAUUGAGAGGCUGACCUACCACAUGUAUGCAGACCCCAACUUUGUUCGGACUUUCCUAACAACAUACAGAUCCUUCUGUAAGCCACAGGAGUUGCUGAGUCUGCUGAUAGAAAGAUUUGAAAUUCCAGAGCCAGAGCCGACCGAAGCGGAUCGUAUCGCGAUGGAGAACGGAGACCAGCCUCUUAGUGCCGAGUUAAAAAGGUUCAGGAAGGAGUACAUACAACCUGUGCAGCUGCGGGUAUUAAAUGUCUGUCGGCACUGGGUAGAACACCACUUCUAUGACUUUGAGAGAGAUGCUGAUCUUCUGCAACGUUUGGAGGAGUUCAUUGGAACAGUAAGAGGGAAAGCCAUGAAGAAGUGGGUUGAAUCAAUCACAAAGAUAAUCCAUCGGAAAAAGCAGGCACAAGCCAUUGGGCCAAGUCACAACAUUACAUUUGAAAGCCUUCCUCCGGCGAUCGAGUGGCACAUAAGCAAACCAGGACACACAGAGACUUUUGACUUGCUCACUUUGCAUCCAAUAGAAAUUGCUCGGCAGCUCACUUUACUUGAGUCAGAUUUUUACAGAGCUGUGCAGCCAUCCGAACUAGUUGGAAGUGUGUGGACAAAAGAAGAUAAAGAAAUUAAUUCUCCUAACCUUCUCAAAAUGAUAAGGCAUACAACUAACCUCACUUUGUGGUUUGAAAAGUGCAUUGUAGAAACAGAAAACCUGGAAGAAAGAGUAAUUGUAGUGAGCCGGAUAAUUGAGAUCCUGCAAGUUUUUCAAGAGCUAAACAACUUCAAUGGUGUCCUUGAGAUUGUCAGUGCAAUGAACUCUGCAGCAGUGUAUAGGUUGGAUCACACAUUUGAGCAAAUUCCAAGUCGACAGAAGAAGAUUUUAGAAGAAGCAUAUGAACUGAGUGAGGAUCAUUAUAAGAAAUACUUGGCAAAACUCAGGUCCAUUAAUCCUCCUUGUGUGCCUUUUUUUGGAAUUUACUUAACCAACAUUUUAAAAACAGAAGAAGGCAACCCUGAAUUUCUAAAGCGACAUGGGAAAGAUCUCAUAAACUUCAGCAAGAGAAGAAAGGUAGCAGAAAUAACAGGAGAGAUCCAACAGUACCAGAACCAGCCAUAUUGUUUAAGAGUAGAAUUUGACAUCAGAAGAUUUUUUGAAAACCUGAAUCCAAUGGGGAACAGCAUGGAGACAGAAUUUACGGAUUAUUUGUUCAAUAAGUCACUAGAAAUAGAGCCACGAAAUGUCAAGCCUCCACCAAGAUUUCCCAAAAAGUACAGCUAUCCUCUCAAGUCCCCAGGUGUUCGUCCCUCUAAUCCAAGGCCAGGUACCAUGCGACACCCUACACCUCUGCAACAGGAGCCAAGAAAAAUUAGCUACAGCCGCAUCCCAGAGAGUGAAACUGAAGCUACAGCAUCUGCACCAAACUCUCCACGAACGCCCUUGACCCCACCGCCUGCUUCUGCUACUUCAAGUACUACAGACGCCUGCAGCGUGUUCGAUUCGGAUCCUUCAAGUCCUUUUCAUGCAAGAUCUGCUUCCGUCUCGUCCAUAAACUUUGCCAAAAGUUCGGAUGAAGCUCCUGUUCCCCCUCCCGUUCCUCCACGAAGAAGACCAGAGUCUGCUCCAGCUGAAUCCUCCCCAUCAAAAAUCACUUCUGCACACCUGGACAGCCCACCAGCAAUCCCUCCUAGACAACCAACCUCUAAAGUGUAUUCACCAAGGUACUCAGUGCCUGACCGGACCUGCAUCUCUGACCCCCCCGAAAGCCCUCCUGUGUUACCACCACGAGAACCUGUGCGAACUCCAGAUGUUUUCUCUAGCUCACCACUACACCUCCAACCUCCACCGCUGGGGAGAAAGAGUGAACUUGGUAACACCUUUUUCCCAAAUAGCCCCUCUCCGUUUACGCCCCCUCCCCCUCAGACACCUUCUCCGCAUGUAGCACGGAGGCAUCUUCCAUCACCACCUUUGAUACCACCAGAUGUGGACGUCCAUUCUGUUGCUGGACCACCCGUUCCUCCACGACAAAGCACUUCUCAACAUAUCCCCAAGCUUCCUCCAAAAACUUACAAAAGGGAGCACACACACCCAUCGAUGCAUCGAGACGGACCACCCUUGCUGGAGAAUGCCCACUCCUCCUGAACUGUCCCUUGCGCUGGGAGUCACAUUUUCCUGGUGCUACUUCUGUUGCUGGCAAUGGAUGCACUGAGCCUGGUGGUGCCAAGGAGCUGGGAUGUGUAUGCCAAACACUAAAAACUUUCCAAAAGUUUGGAAAUGCAGUGUACAGAAAUGGAGUUGCAAAAGCAGGCGUUAUAGCGGAAAAACUGGUUAACUUGCUGUUCCUCUUUUCAUAUGCAGGACAUUGUUCUAAAGUAGUAAGACAACUGAUUGUACCAGAAAACAGACUUGAGGGACUUCUUUGGCCAAUGUGCAGAGACUGUGUUUGCCUAAUGAGCUCUAAAAUCCCGUACAGGAAGGAAAACAGUCUGGUAUCCGUCAGUUCCGUACAGUGGCACAGUUUUUGGAAUGAAAACAUUAUGCACUUUUUUAAAAUCUCAAACAGGGAACUUUAUAUCCUUCUUAAUUUUCAUUUGCUUUACUCCUUGCUUUAAAAUACUUAAAUACCUAAAUUUGUGAGAAGGACUGUGAGGAAGAUCUGUGGUACCUAAUCGAGUUAGAGCUGAAGCGUAGCACUGUAUUGCAGUCCUGUUUACAAGUUGUUACAAUGAGUAGUAGGGGGUACCUAGGCUUCACCAAAGAGGUACUUUAUUUUAUUUUUUUUUUCUGAAAUAUUAUGGUGCCAGUUCAAAAUAAAUUUUUGCUGGGAAGCGUAAUGUCUAAUUAUUGCUUUCUUUAGAUAGAGCAGAUGAAAUUCUUCAUCAUUAAGAUGACCGCAAAAAUGGAGAAAAAAA